CUCCCAAUCAUUGGAAGAUCAUCUGCCCUAGAAAUAAACUAAACUCAUUUCAUUAUCUGCCAAAAUGGUUAAAGAUAAAAUUGAGACUGUAUUGGGUAAAAUUGCUCCUGGAGAGUUGCAACAAACCUUGACACAUGAACAUGUUUCUUUGAACUUUCUUAAACACUUGGUCCCGACAUCUGAUUCCUGCCAGAAUAUGGUGAAUUGCGAGUUCACCAUGCAAAAUCUGAACUGGAUCCGCCACAAUCCAUACAGUUGUAAACCAAAUGUGCUUUUGUCGAACAAAACAGAAGCCGUGGUUGAAGAUCUCAAGUUGUAUAAGAAAGCUGGAGGUUCAACCAUUGUGGAGAAUACCAGUUUAGGAUUGUCGAGGGAUGUUAUGAAGAUGAAAGCAAUUGCUGAACAGACUGGUGUGAAUAUUGUGUGUGGAACUGGGUAUUAUGUUGAAAAACAGUUGACAGAUGAAAUGAAGGCACUUUCAGUUGAACAAAUGACUGAGAAAAUCGUCUCAGAAAUCAACGACGGUAUUGACAACACGAACAUCAAACCUGGUAUCAUUGGCGAGAUUGGUUGCUCAUGGCCCUUAACUGAAGUUGAAAAACGAAGCCUCCGCGCGUCAGCCAUAGCGCAGGCUCAGACCCUCACCCCAGUCAUGAUUCACCCGGGUCGUCACCCCACUGCCCCUGACGAGAUACUCCGGGUCUUCCAAGAACAGGGUGGGGAUGCCAAACACACAGUGAUGGCCCACCUUGAUAGAACCCUCUUGGAAAACGCCGACAUUCUGGAGUUCGCAAAAUGUGGAACGUUUCUUGAAUAUGAUCUUUUCGGUAUCGAGACAUCCUAUUAUCAGUUUGCCCCCGAGAUUGACUUUCCAAGCGAUGCUCAGCGAAUCGAUAGGGUUGGUCUUCUGAUCUCCGAAGGCUAUGACGAGCGCGUUCUGUUUGCUCACGACAUACAUACCCCUCACAGACUCACAAGAUAUGGAGGCCACGGAUACACCCACAUCUUUGAUCAGGUUGUUCCAAAAAUGCUUCGAAAAGGAAUCUCAAAAGAAGCUAUCGAUAAAAUAUUGAUUUCCAAUCCCAAAAGCUGGCUGACGUACGCUUGAAAACACGAACGAGACUUUUGAAUACGUCUCUUGAACUUUAAAAUGACAUAUUUAGCUAGAAAUUAUUGAUAUUAGAUAGUAAUUCAAAAUGAAAUGAAUGUUAUUAUGAUUUAACUAUACAACUCUUUAUUAUAUUAAAUUCGACGUUUUGC